AAAUCUGUCUGUCAUAUGUGCAUAUAUUUGUCUUUUGAGCUACAGAGUCACAUAGAACUAAAUUUUUUCGAAGAUGGAACAAUUACCCUUUUUUCUUGUCAAUAUGUGAAAAAUUAUCAUGGUCUCCUACUAUGGAUAAUUGGAUGCCUAAUCAGGAAUUCAAUUCAAGUGGGUUCUUAUGUUCUUUUGGUUUUCCAUUUCAAUCUUUAUGUCUUUCCACAAACAGUGUUUUGUUCAUAUUUUUUAUGGUCGAUAUUGACUUGAACUUGAGUGGGUUCGUCCAAUUUACAGCUCACAUGGUAUCGUCAUAUGUUUCUUUCCCUUAUUUUUAGACGUCUCUUCUGUUUUGGUUUCGUGACUUGUUAUAUUUUGGCGCAUAUCUACAAUUUGUUUUCUUUUAAGAACUACUUAAGAUAACGUUCUCUGUCAUCUCUGUUUGCUUGGUUAAAAAUAAUAAAAAGAACAAAGAAAGCGUGUGCGAACUGGUCAGUGUUAUGUGAUUUUUUUUUGUUUCUCUAUUAAAUUUUGAUGGGCUCUCUGUAAGCAGUGUUCUAUUUACGUUUUCUCGUCUUUUCUUGUGGGUUUUGUUGAGGAAUAUUGCAUGGUGGACCGGUGGGCAUUGAAAUUUGAGGAUGCAUUCAACAAAUAUGGAAUGACAUUGGGGAGAGCGAAGCAGAAAAAGACCGGAUGUUGCUGGAGCUAGAGAGGGAGUGCUUAGAAGUCUAUCGGAGAAAGGUGAGUGAGGCUGGCAAUACCAAGGCACGACUUCAUCAGUCUGUUAUGGCAAAGGAAGCGGAGCUUGCAGCACUAAUGGCUGCUCUUGGAGAACUUGGUUUUCAUUCACAGACUCAUAUGGAGAAAAGGUCAACUUCAUUGAAAGAGCAACUUGCAUCAGUCACACCACUGGUAGAAGAUCUAAGAUCGAAGAAAGAGGAACGGUUGAAGCAGUUUGCUGAUAUUAGGGCACAAAUUGAAAAGAUCAGUGGUGAGAUUUCAGGAUACAAUCAUCACACUAAUACCAUGAUUGGUUGCUUGACUCUGGAGGAACAAGAUUUGUCAUUAAGAAAUCUUAAUGAAUGUCAGACACAUCUUCGGACUCUUCAAAAGGAGAAGUCUGAACGCCUUAAUAAAGUUCUGGAAUAUGUGAAUGAAGUGCAUACUCUAUGUGGUGUGCUUGGGCUAGAUUUUGGCCAGACUGUGAGUGAUGUGCAUCCAAGCUUGCAUGGAACAAGCCUGGAGCAAUCCACAAACAUCAGCAAUAGCACAUUGGAAGGUCUAGAACAUGCCAUCCUUAAGUUGAAAACAGAAAGAAAAGGUCGAAUUCUGAAGCUAAAAAAUAUUGGAGCAUCCCUAUUGGAACUUUGGAAGUUGAUGGACACACCGAAAGAAGAUAAGAGUGAUUUUCUAAGAAUUACUUCGUUCCUUGGAACAUCAGAAUUAGAAGUUACAGAACCAGAUGUCCUCUCGACGGAGAUGAUUGAGCAGGCCUCAGCAGAAGUGGAGAGGCUCGGUAAGCUAAAAGCUAGCAGAAUGAAAGAACUUGUCAUGAAAAAGAGGGCAGAAUUGGAGGAGAUAUGCAGAAUUGCUCAUAUUGAACCGGAUACAAACACAGCUGCUGAGAAAUCUAAUGCAUUGAUUGAUUCAGGUCUUGUGGAUCCUUCUGAACUUCUAGCAAACAUUGAAGCACAGAUAACAAAAGUAAAAGAAGAAGCUGUGAAUCGAAAAGAAAUUAUGGACAGGAUAGACCGAUGGCUUUCAGCAUGUGAAGAGGAGAAUUGGCUUGAAGAUUAUAAUCGAGAUGAGAAUCGGUACAGCGCUGGUAGAGGUGCUCACAUAAACCUUAAACGUGCAGAGCGAGCUCGAGUAACCAUAAGCAAGAUUCCAGCAAUCGUUGACAAUCUGAUAAGCAGAACACUUGCCUGGGAAAAGGAGAAAAGGAUGUCAUUUCUUUAUGAUGGGGUUAGUUUGGUGAGAAUACUGGAGGAUUACAAAGAAGCCAGACGACAGAAAGAAGAAGAGAAGAAAAGAUACCGGGACCAGAAGAAGCUCCAAGAUCUGCUCCUCACUGAGAAGGAAGCCAUGUAUGGGUCUAAACCUAGCCCGAAAAGAACCAAUAGCUUUAGGAAGCCAAAUGGUUAUCGUGCAAAUGGAAAUGGAUCCAUGACACCUACACCUCGUCGGAACUCUGUUGGUGGUGCAACUCCUGAGCUCCUCACACCCCGUUCGUACUCUGGGCGCCAAAAUGGAUAUUUCAAGGAAAUGAGAAGGUUGUCUACUGCACCACUGAACUUUGUGGCCAUAUCAAAAGAAGAUACAAUGUCAUAUGCAUCUAUUUGUGGUUCUGAGCUAGGCUCACCUCCUCGGAGAUAAGUUUGAAAGUGGAAUUUGGAACAGGGUACCUUUACAGUCAGGUAUUAAAGCAGUGGAAGCCUUGUGAAUAUGAAAGGGAAUGUACACUACUGUAUGAUUGUGAAUUAUUAGAAGCUGGAAAACGGUAACUGACAUAUGAGGAUGUGAAUCUGGGUGUUGUCUGCUUUGGAGAAUCGAGGUGCAAGAAGCAGCAGUGGCGCUGAUAUAGAAAUAUAGUUUGGAACUACUUGUUAACUGGAGAGCCCUUUUUUGUUUUGUUUUUUUUUUUUUCCCUUCUGGUUUAAAAUAGGGGUAUCUAAUAUUGAGAGUGCUGUGAUACGACUGACCAUGUAUUUCGUGGAUGUUGCUUGCGGUUUCACAUGUGCAUUUAGUAGGUGUAUGUACAUAUAUCCCAGUUCCAGUGUGAUGGCAACCAUUUAUUGUAGGAUACCUUAUUUUCUUUGGGAAAUUGCAUAGGAUUGUUUUUGUGC